AUCAACCGCUGCCGUGCGGCGCCCUUCAGCCACAAUUGUUUCGGUGCCGUCCUGUACCCGAUCACCAUGGCCGACUUCGUGCUUGCAGACGUCACGGAUUCCGCCCUGGACGGCAUCAUUGCUGGCUUCCCCGCCGCUUACGCGGAAAAGGUGGGGAAGACGGGCGACGCGAUGUCACACUCCGUGCUUCUCGGCGUUCAUGAGCAUGCAGUGUUCUUCUAUAUUUCCCCGAUGCACAGUGCCGCAGUCGGGCGAAGAGCCCAUCGCCGCGGGCGGCCGGGCACCAAUGUGCCUCCACCUCUGCAUCCUGCCGCUGAUUCAC